AAAUCUUUUGCCCUUUUGAGUUUCUAAAACACAGUCAGUCUCGUAUACAGGGGAGACGCGCCGUCCGCCUCAAGCAGAAGGUCGAUCUUCACUUGGCUCUACCAGGACAUACUGAGAUAGGGAGGUGCUUGGCUUGAGCUUUACUUUGAUCCAUUUUGUUUGGUUUAUUGUGACAUUCAAGGCGCGUUCGGUAUCAAUAUAUCGGCACGAAUUAUGUUUACACAAAGGCGUUCCUUGGGAUUCCUCCUUUGUCAGUGCGCGCCGAAUUUCUCUAGGUUUAUACGGCACAGAAGGUUGCUAUAAAGCAGGCCUCGCCUUUUUCUUUCAAGACUUUCCUGUCCGAAGUCAAGCUUAAAUGCAGAGGAACACCUGUCAAAAAAUCUGCGUUACUUUUUUUUUCGAACGGGGAAUGGCGUAUGCGAAUUUCCACCCCAGUUUCGGCGCGCGCGCCAUUGUGGGGAGCCGGCGCGAGUCGUUGCCGACCUAAACUGAGUCGGCUUCUGAUUGCGCAGCAACGUUUUUUUUUUUGAGAAAAUGCCAAGUUUGUGUUGGACUUAUGGCUUUUUGAGCGUUCCGUUGCUCAGUCUUCCGAGAUGCAUUCGUCCGACGAAGUACGCAAAAAGUUGCAGCUUCUGUUCUGGAAUGACAAUAUAGAAACGCGGGAAAAGUUUAUCGAGUUGUUCGAAGACGCGCUGUUUCUGCCCAGGUACAACUUGAGUCUUCAAGAGCAGCGCCAGCUGGCCUACGACAGACUCAGAAGGAUUGCCGACGCGAAGCUGUUCAGCGUGAGGGACUUUCAUGAAAACCCGAGCAACAUAUUCGCAGCGCACGAAAUGGUGAUUUGCGUGUGUAGGUCUACUGCGACGAAGAUGACAGUUCAGUGGAAUUUGUUCGGGGGUACGAUUUUGAAGUUGGGCAGUGAACAGCACAAGGAAAUUUUGGACGGAAUAGAUACGUUAGAGAACAUUGGAUGCUUUGCUCUUACUGAGCUAGGGUAUGGAAACAACGCGGUUGAGAUGGAGACGGAGGCCGUCUGGGACGGUCAGACGCGCGAGUUCGUGAUCACGACGCCGAGGGCCGUGGCUCAAAAGUACUGGAUUACGAAUGGCGCUUUGCACAGUUCUCAUGCGAUCAUAUUUGCGCAGUUGAAAAUCAACGGAAAAAACGAGGGCGUGCAUGCCUUUCUCGCGAGGAUUCGCGAUAGAGAGAUGAACCAGCUUCCGCACGUUCGCAUUGAGGACAUGGGCAUGAAAAUGGGGUGCAACGGUGUGGACAACGGGAAGCUUUGGUUUCGCGGUUUCAGGGUCCCCAGACAGGCCCUUUUGAACCGUUGGAGCACGGUGGAUGAGCACGGUCAGUUUAGCAGUAAAAUAAAGAGUCACCGAUCUAGAUUUCUCUUGGUUGCGGACCAGCUCUUGAGUGGGCGCAUAUGCAUUGCGUCCAUGUCUCUGGGAGCGACGCGCCUUGCUCUGUUCGUGUCUAUUAGAUACGCGAACUCCAGAUUGGCGGUGGGGCAGAGUGGCAGGAGCGACACGCCCAUCAUAAGGUACCAGCUGCAGCAACAGGGGUUGAUGCCGCUUUUGUCUCGGACGGUGGCGCUGAAUUUUGGUCUGAACUACGUGAAAGAGCGUUACGCUCGCCAGACGCAACUGGACGCGAAGGAGGUGCUGCGUCUUUGCUGCGUCAUAAAACCGCUGAUUACCUGGAAUUUGGAAAGGACGGCCAGCAUUGCUCGUGAGCGUUGCGGGGGACAGGGAUAUUUGAUGUGCAACAUAUUGGCCGACCUGGUCUCGUUUUCUCACGCAGGAAUAACAGCCGAGGGCGACAACGCCGUGCUGAUGCAGAAGGUUUCCAAAGAGCUGUUGGCCGCGGUUGAGUCCGGGGAGCUAAAGUACGGUGGGGUGGAGCGCAUCUCUCUGAAGGAGAGUGCGGUGGAUUGGAGAGAUUUGGGUACGAUCAGUCGACUUAUUGCCUUUAAGGAGGCAAGGCUCGCCGCUCAGCUGAGCGAGUCGAUAAAACUGAAAACUAGACGGGGACAGACUCUGUUUGAAAUUUGGAUGUACGAAGAGAGUGAGGGCAUUCAAUCGCUCGCAUUGGCGUACGGAGAGCGAAUCGCGAUGGAAGAGUGUCUUCGCGCGAUCAAGAACGCCGAGGACAGUCAGGUGCGAGCAGUCUUGUCGAGCUUGACGCAUUUGUACGGGUUGAAAUGCGUUGAGCGCGACCUUCGGUUCUACUAUGAGCAGGGCGUUUUGGCGCCGUGGAGCAACCGAAGCUUCCAGCAGGAAGUAGACCGCUCUAUCAAGGAUGUGGCGGAGCACUCUCUGUUGGUGGUUCAGAGUUUCGGCCUGCCGGAGCACAUCGUGCAAGCGCCGAUAGCGCACAACUGGGCCGAGUACAACGAACACGACAACCGAGGAGAAAUCAGAGCCAGGCUUUGAGCACGGGGGCCGCGGCGAAGGAUCGCGUUAUCUUGAGCAAAGAACGGCGAAAUCGAUGGACAUGGCCGCGGCGCAAGCCGGUGCGAGCGAGGUCCACGAAGGAGGACGCGUUGCAAAGGCCACGUUACGGUAAUAUAGGGGGCAAGCCGCGACCCAAAAAGAGUUUUAGACAUAUAUAUGUAGAGGAGUGUAAAAAAAAAGUGUGCGGAUUCCACGAGUGACUGCAAUCUAAAUAGAGAGAAUUAAACGAGCGCUUUGCCCAAUCGAGCGCAAAAAUAAAAUAUUUGUGCGUGGAUUUGCCUGAUUAGUGCCAGUGCUUCUAGCGGGACAUAACCCAGUAUAAGCGAAGUGGCUCGUACAUGUGUAUUUCUUUGGAUGGCGACGACUCUUCGAGCAGAAUGAGCGAGGUUGAAUUGUUGCACUGGGAAGACAGA